CCAAUGUCUGGCAUCGGCUAAAAAUUUAUAAAAGACGUCAGGUUAAAUCUUAUGAGUUAAAACAAUACCGUGGAAAAUCCUUGCUAAAUCUUACCUCAUCCCCGCCACUCUCCAGAGACAAGUACCAGUCUGUUAAUACUGACGAUUCAUUGUGGUGCCAGUCA